AUGGAGAAUGAGAAUGGUGAAGAAGAUGAGAGGAGUACUACUUGUCUGUGGAUGCUACCGGAGGGUUGUAUCGCAGAGAUCUUAGCCUUAACAAGCCCUAUCGACGUUUGCCGCCUUUCCUUAGUCUCUGCAUCUGUCCGAUCCGCCGCUGAUUCCGAUUCCGUUUGGGCAAAAUUCCUGCCGUCCGAUUAUCGGUCCAUCAUUUCCCAAUCACUCACUCCGAUCCCCGAUUUCCGUUCAAACAAGGAUCUAUAUGUUUAUCUUUGCCAUCAUCCCGUCUUAAUUGAUGAAGGUCGAAAG